AGCCGAGCGGCGGCAGGAGGCGCCCCCCCUUUUCCCCUCUUUUUCCUUUCCCCCUUUUUUUUCCUUUCUGCACCACAACACUUUCCCGCAUCUCCUUCUGCAUGGUGGAUAUUAUUUUUUCUUACCCUUUCGGAGGUGCGAUGGGGGAUCACGCCAAAAAAAAACCCGGGAUCGCCACGUGCGUGGGCUGCGGGAGCGAGAUCCACGACCAGUACAUCCUCAAGGUCUCCCCGGACCUGGAGUGGCACGCGGCGUGCCUGAAAUGCGCGGACUGUAGCCAGUAUUUGGACGAGACCUGCACUUGUUUCGUGCGCGACGGCAAAACGUACUGUAAACGAGAUUACAUCAGGCUCUUCGGCAUCAAGUGCGCCAAGUGCGCGGGCGGCUUCAGCAGCAGCGACCUGGUCAUGCGCGCCCGCGACCACGUCUACCACCUGGAGUGCUUCCGAUGCUCCGUGUGCAGCCGGCAGCUCCUGCCCGGGGACGAGUUCUCGCUGCGCGACCACGAGCUGCUCUGCCGCGCCGACCACAGCCUCCUGCUCGACGGGGCCGGCUCGGCCGAGAGCCCCCCGCGCAGCCCGGGUCACCUGCAGGGCGCCAGGCCGGGCCACCUCCAGCUGCCAGAGCCAGUGCCCGGGCGGCAGCCUUCCCUGCGUCCCCACGUGCACAAGCAGGCGGAGAAGACGACGCGGGUGCGGACGGUGCUGAACGAGAAGCAGCUGCACACUCUGCGCACCUGCUACGCGGCCAACCCGCGGCCCGACGCGCUGAUGAAGGAGCAGCUGGUGGAGAUGACGGGCCUCAGCCCGCGGGUCAUCCGCGUUUGGUUCCAGAACAAGCGCUGCAAGGACAAGAAGAAGUCCAUCCUGAUGAAGCAGCUGCAGCAGCAGCAGCACAGCGACAAGGCAAGUUUGCAGGGCUUAACUGGGACCCCCCUGGUUGCUGGCAGCCCGAUUCGCCACGACAGCGCCGUGCAAGGCAGCGCAGUAGAGGUGCAGACUUAUCAGCCGCCUUGGAAAGCUCUCAGCAAUUUUGCCCUGCAGAGCGACCUGGAUCAGCCUGCAUUCCAACAACUGCUCUCCAUUUCUGAAUCGGGGUCCCUGGGCAAUUCUUCAGGCAGUGACGUGACCUCUUUAUCUUCCCAGCUCCCCGACACCCCCAACAGCAUGGUUCCUAGUCCGGUAGAAACGUGAGAUGAGCCGCCCCCUCCUUUUUAACGCCUGACCCUUGGAGGACUUUCGCAUGCUUUUGCUUCCUGCAUGAGAACUGAGUGCUAAGCAAACACGACUUGUUAAAUUAUUACCUUUAUUUAAAAACCCAGCUCCAUCUCUUCCUCGGUCGUGACUGGAAGCCUUCCAGGAUUCCCUGGACUUUGCCAAGCAGGGAGGGGAAGAAGGCGUAAAACCUCCCAGGAAUUCUGUUCCUCCCCCCUCCGGGAAUACCUCUGGAUUUUACUCGAAUGACCCUUAAAUCCUGUUCUUGUAGCUUUAGAAGGUGGCUCUUUCUGUUUUCUUUACGAUGGAAGAAACCAGCUCAACGUGGAACGGAUGGGACUUCCUUGCCUCCGACUGGUCAGAUGCAGGGCCAUCCUCUUAGCUUCAUCAAUCAGUUGCCUUCAUCUUGACCCCAUCGCCAGCUUUCCUGGGGCUCCCGUCUCCCCAUCGCCAUACUCUGCCUGGAAAAACCUGGAACUUUUUUCUGUUUCUUUGGUGGCCCAAAAAGAGGAGUAUUUUUUCUCUCUCUCUCUCUCUUUCUCUCCUCCUGAGCCCGCAUGAUUGCUGGAAAAAUUCCAGCCGGACUUGUGUCCCAUCCAACCCCCAACCCCCAUUGCCAGUGUUAAAUUAUCUUAUGGAUGGAAGGUGUGUGGUUCAUUCUCAGCCUUUGCAGACCAAAGUAAGUUAUUGUUAUUUAUUAUCGCGCGGCAGCAGGCGAGCAAGGGGAAUUGAGAAUUGGAUCUGAAUA